AUGUCUGACCCCAGCGAGCGCCCUUCGGAGUCCAUGCCCGGCCCUGACACAUCCGGGCUGAAGCCGCUGUCCAAUGCAGAGGACAUGCCCCUGUCAAACCCGAGCAACAGCGAGUUGUCUCGAAUUAUGAGCCGUGCCGGCAUCACAAUGUCCAAUGGUUUCCCCCUCGAUGAUGGCGAUGACGACGACGAGGAGGAGGUGGAUGAGGACUACGUCGCGGUCGACCAGGAGGACGCCAACGACUUCCCAUACUGGUUCCGUCGGCCCCCGACUCACCACCGUACCAAGCUGGAUGAAUUGCACCCGUUCGUGCAGCUGCUCUCCGUAUCCAAUAUUCAAGAUUGUGUGGAGGUGGAGAAUGCGUUCCCGGAGGAGGAGCGCUGCUCGCGUGACAAGUUCAUCUACCGGUUGACCAGAUGCCCCGAACUCAGCCUGGGCCUUUUUACCCUGCCCGUCAUUGAAGAAGACCAGCCCAAGCCCCGCGCGACUCUUGUCGGACACAUCAUUGCCACCCGCACUUCGGGGCCUUGCGUUACUGAUGGGUCCAUGAAGCUUCCUAAAAAUUGGUCAAGCGAGCGCUGGACCUUUGAAGAAGGGCAAGCUGUCGGCCAUGAGGAGGGUGGCGGUACCAUUGCCAUACACUCGCUGGCUGUAUUGCCUGAGCACCAGGGCAAGCAGGUCGGUAGCACCCUGAUCAAGUCGUAUAUUCAACGUAUCCGGGAGGCCCAGAUUGCCGAUCGGAUUGCGAUCAUCGCCCACGACCACUUGAUUCCGUUCUAUGAAUCGUUCGGUUUCGAGUCUCGUGGCCCCAGCAAGUGUCAAUUUGGCGGAGGUGGCUGGGUGGAUCUGGUUUUGGAGUUUGGCCCCGAGCAGUAG